AGUGGCCUCCAUCACCCAUCUUCGUUCCAGAAUCACCCAUCUUCGUUCCAGAUUUGGGGAUUAGGUCUCGAUAAUUAGCUUCUUUGCCGAUCAGUUUCGAAAGGGUGGAUUGGGUGAUAAUUUUUCUCCAUACGGAUGUCCGUCUUUCUUCUGUAUCUUCUAUUUUCCUUUCGGUUUAGGGCUUUAGGAGAAGCAAAGUCCUCGAUGGCGGUGGUGCAGACCAUCGCAGACAAUUAUAAGACGGUUUUUGCAAGUAUGUUUUAUCGGCCCGCUUCUGAUGCUUUGCUGUUAGGAAAUUUCUUCUUCAAUUGAUAUCGGACACGGUUUUGCAAGUGGGGGAGCCGAUCUCUACCGAUCAUUGCAUGAUCACCGCCUCCCUUCCCUUUUUUCCCACUGUCUUCAAUGAAGCCUAUUCACGAAGACACACACCUCUCCUUUCCUUAUGUGUUAUGGUUUUCUAUGAGAAAAAGGGGACGAACCAUUGACUCAGGUCCGUCGAGCAAUUAUCUGUCAAAUCCGAACAUCCACCACCACUUCCCCCACCCCAGCUCCACCUAUUCCGUUGAUUUGGAAAUUGGCCAACUAUGAUUGCAGAUUUUCUUUACCCAAAAUUUUCACUAUAUUUUCUUCUAUGGGUACCAAUUACAAAACGAAACCCUAUCUAAGGCCAACAGAUUUGUUGUGUGGUUUGCCCCCAGCUAUGUCUCUCAACCCAAAAUUUCAUGUUUGUUGAUUCAGCUCCUGCUACCUUUUGGUUACGGAGGAACAAUAAAAGCUCAGCAAAUCCGUCUCUAAAACAGAGAAAACAAGGUUGGUGGAUGAAAAUUUAUAUUCUUUCUAGCUUUCACCCCCUGACAUGGGCUGUUGUUGGGGUUUGUACAACCAUCAUUCUGAUAUCCAAAAAAAUUCUUCACAAACUUGGAAAGGUGACAUUCUUCAAGAUAGGGAUCAAUACAUUGGAUGCAUUUUCAGACGUAGAAGGUGAUUCUGCAAUGGUUUCUCACGUGCUGUUAAUUUUGCAUUUUAACUUCUUACAUCUCUCCAUAUCUAGUUGGUCUUAACUAUUAUGAGUUUGUCGAAACGAACAACCAUGGAAGCAUACAAUCGAAGGGAAAUCAUGCAUCAGUACAGGGGCAAUUUGGUAUAAUGGGAUGCAUCAACAAAUAGACAUAGUUUAUGCUACAUUUGUGAGAUAGCAAUGUACUUUUGUCGUCAAAAAAUAGUCAAAAAAUAGUUUAUAAAGCUGAAUAAGUUUCAUGAAAAUGAUUGUGAAGCUUAUAAUAUUUUGCAUCUCUAACAAUAACCCUUCUGACCCAUGCGAAGCAUGGGCAACCUUACUAGUUUAGAUUAAACUUGUCAAAAUCAAAUUUAAAAAAAAAAAAAAAAAAAAAAACCCUGAUAUGUAACCUAGCAAUCAAACAUAUGUUUCAUAGAAACAAAUAUCACAAAUCUACAAAUUAUACUUUAUAUAAUAUUCUUAAAUUAUAUAUUACAUUUUCAUCUUUAAUGGUCACUAACACCUCUUUCUGCCUUAUUGUUGUGACAUGUAUCUAUAUCGAAAACAAGAGAAAGAACUAUAAAGAACGAAUGUUGACAAAGUGAUCCUUCAUUUAAAACGCAGAAAAAUUCUUCAUAAAGCCAUUAGAAUUCUUCUAUAGAUAGCUAGAAGGUCUCCAUAGUGACAACCGGUGUGGUAUCCAUGAGAACGCACCACUUAAAGUAACAAUUUUUAUUAAUAAGUACGAUCUGUCAUUGAUGUUGAUGAUGAUUUGGUUGAGGACAUUGUUGUCAGAUUAUCAACAUCGUAAACAUCUUUCAGGUUAUGUUUUAAUUCCUCAUGUCUAGACACUUUUUUAAAGGAUGUCCACUUAGUUAGUGGACUUGCUGUAGUACUUUUAUCAAUAUUUGAAGCGGGUGUGAUGUUAUCACCAGUAAACGAAACAACAUCC